UCAAGAUAAUCAUUAUCUUUGAGAAUCGAGGCUUUCUGUUCAUGAAGAUCACCAAAAACCCUUUUAUUCCACUCUAAAUUUACCUUCAGUGAUGGUUUUACUGUCUCGAUGCAUUAUGAUUGUCCUCCUGAAUUGAAUUACUGAAGUGAAGGACGUAGUUGAAUAUGUUUGUCAUCUGGGCCCGAUCAUCCUCACUGCUGAGAAAGAUGGAAACUCUUGAUCCCCCUUCUAUGGCAAAGAAUUAAACCUUUUAGUUUUAGGUUUAAUGCUACCCAACACAUAGUGCUCCACCUUAUCAUCCAGGUAGGCAAAUUUUGGUUCUGAAAAUCGUUCCAAACCAUGGUUUCAUAAGUAUGGUUAAGUUACUUUUUCACUCUCCUGUCAUCUGGAUAAGUGGCAUCCACCUGCUGGAAUAGGGCCCUGUGGUUUGUCUGUUGUACACAUCGCCAUUUGACUAACAUCUUUACCCUUUAUCCACUAUGUAAAAGCCAUAGGAACCAUCUGUUUUUCCCCUUAGGCUUAGUGCUAAUCUUACCAGCUUUGAAGCAAACUCCCUAACAAAUUUUGCACAACUUAAUAAAAGAUGUUAAUAAGAACUGAACUUCAUAUGCUCAUUGUAAAUGACCAAGGUGUUAAAUGAUCUUCAGAUUCUCCAUUUAGACACUACACUUGUUGAGAAUAAUCUGGAAAGAUCAUUAUUCUAGACUGUUUGAUAAUAUGGAAAUUUUCAAAUUGUCUCUUCAUUUUGAUAAAUGAGUAAUUAACUAUCACAGUUCUUUUAAAAUGUUCUCAACACUUUUAAUAUGCAGAAAGCAGUUGAGGGAUGUUUUCAACAGUAUGGUACUGCAUGGAACUAUUAUGCAGAUACUAGACCUGUUCAUUAGCACAGGGAAACCCCAUAAUUUGGUGGACUACUUGAUGCCAGAUGACACCAAAUCCUACAAACCGGCAUCACCCUCCAAUGGUGACAGCUCAACUCCUGCAGAUGUCACCAAAUUUGACCAACUUAUGGUGGAGACACGUGCUGUGUUAUCAAGUGCUGAAUUCAUAAAUGUUAUCGACGUAUCACUGAGAACGGUGGUGGAUGCAGUGGUGGAGGACAUGAUGGGGGUUCAGCUGGGAGGAGGCAGUCCAUCAUCAGGGAUGGUGCUGGCCAAACUUCUGCCACGAGUUGCCCAGAUGGGUCCUUUGCUGUUGGAAGAACCCUCCAAAAACAGGUUCAUCCAAAUUAUCCAAAAGGCACCAGAAGUUGAAUUCUUUUUCACACUUCUGUAUGCAAACAUGCCGACCUUAUGAUUGGAAAGAAUGGGUUGUAUUUUUAUGAGACAUUUAAACUUCCAUGGAAGGGAGGCCAUGAAUGUAAAGAAUCUCAAGGUGCUUGGCUUGGCCUGUCCUUGUCCAAAGUUGAAUCACUUUGGAAACAAUAAGAGAGAAUUUAUUUGAAGAUCA